UUUUACUAGGAAACUUGAAAUUUCAAUUUCAGCUAACCUAAAUAUAAAAGUGUAACCAAAAAAAAAAAAAUCUAAAUAUAAAAGACUCAUAGGUGGGCAGCAUCCUGCAGAUUGCGUGGCUAUAAUUUUCAGUGGAAUUAUGAUAUUCUUGUACCUUCUCUUCUUACGUCUCAUUUCCUCCCUCGUUUUUCAAAGAAUCUAUUCAAUUCUUUCUCAUCCAAUCAUUUGUCAUAUAUUUUACUUCUCUAUUCUCCCUUCUCUUCGCGAAUGGUGUCAAUCCAUCUUUAUCAUUUUACACGAAGCAAGAGAUUUUUUAGCAAAACACGGGGUCAAAUUGGAUUGUUGUGAUCUCUUGUUUCAAGAGACUCCUCUUGUAGUACCCCCUCCUCUCCUAUCAGAUACGAAGAUAAAACGGCCGGAGUUUAAUCCUCGUUUACGACAAAUUCGAGAUGUCCAGACGUUCUCUCAUGGCGAGAUUAAAGUUAUUGAACUAGGAGAUUGUGUGGGUAACUUUUAUGAAAUUGAGAUUGCCAUGAAUGCUUUGAAAUAUUUCCACAAACUUGAGAGAAUAAUUUUGAGUCCUAGUAAAUGCUGGAAACAUGACCGAACAUGGCCUCAGAAUGGGCGUGAAAGAAUCCUUGCAAAGCUUCAAAGUGAAGGGAUUGGACUAGACAAACUUGUCCUCAUAUAAGAUUAUACUACUUCUGUGUCUUUUAUUUUAAUAUUUUAGGCAAUAAUAUUAUUAUAAUCAUGACAAUUUUAUUACUCCGUUAGUAUCCCAAUCAUGUUUAGUUGAGUAGUAUGCAGACAUUA